AUGCCUCAGUUACUGAGAAACAUUAAUGGGAUCAUCGAUGCCUUCCAACGCUACGCCAGGAUCGAGGGCAACUGUGAGGUGCUCACCCGGGGGGAGCUGAAACGGCUCCUGGAGCAGGAGUUUGCUGAUGUCAUCGUGAAACCCCACGACCCGGCCACUGUGGACGAAGUCCUGCGCCUGCUGGAUGAAGACCACACGGGGACAGUAGAAUUCAAGGAGUUCCUGGUCUUGGUGUUUAAAGUGGCACAGGCCUGUUUUAAGUCACUGAGUGAGAGUCCUGAGGGAGCUUGUGGACCUCAAGAGUCUGGAAGCCGCCCCGCUGGGGCCCCGUCAGAGCUGGGAGAAGCACAGAGAAGUGUCACAGGAGUGGGAAGUGUUGGGGAAGGACAGCGCAGUGAGGGGAGCAGUGGUGGACAGAACAGGCCAGCUUCCAGAGGGCAGGGCGGCACUGGGGCUCAGACCCAGGGUCAGGACAUCAGCUCGUCUCAGGUCAGUCAUGACAGGCAGCACGAGUCCCAGAGACAGGAGAGAGAGAGCCAGCAGACACAAGCAGGGAAGCAUGUGGAGCCAAGCCAGAGAGUGGAAGAAGACCAGAGUCAUCAGACCAGAGGGAGGGUGUCAGAGAGACAGCCGCAGACUAGGGAACAGAACAGAUCCCACCAGACGAGUGAGACUGUUACUAGAACCGUAACUCAGACCCAGACAGGUACCACCCAAGCCAUGGAGCAGAGCAGGAGCCAUCAGACAGGCAGCACCAGCACCCAGCCACGGGAGCCCACCUAUGGCCAGACCAGAGUGACUGAGACCCACAGUCAAGACAGGAGCCAGAUGAGCCAGGUAGCAACAGGAGGACACAUUCAGACACGUCCAUGGUCACACACCCAGACCACACAGCAGGGCAGGAGCCAUCAGACAGGCAGCACCAGCACCCAGCCACGGGAGCCCACCUAUGGCCAGACCAGAGUGACUGAGACCCACAGUCAAGACAGGAACCAGAUGAGCCAGGUAGCAACAGGAGGGCACAUUCAGAUAUGUCCAGAGUCACACACCCAGACUGUAGAGCAGGGCAGGAGCCAUCAGACAGGCAGCACCAGCACCCAGCCACAGGAAUCCAUCUAUGGCCAGACCAGAGUGACUGAGACCCACAGUCAAGACAGGAGCCAGAUGAGCCAGGUAGCAACAGGAGGACACAUUCAGACACGUCCAUGGUCACACACCCAGACCACACAGCAGGGCAGGAGCCAUCAGACAGGCAGCACCAGCACCCAGCCACAGGAGCCCACCUAUGGCCAGACCAGAGUGACUGAGACCCACAGUCAAGACAGGAACCAGAUGAGCCAGGUAGCAACAGGAGGACACAUUCAGACACGUCCAUGGUCACACACCCAGACCACACAGCAGGGCAGGAGCCAUCAGACAGGCAGCACCAGCACCCAGCCACAGGAGCCCACCUAUGGCCAGACCAGAGUGACUGACACCCAUAGUCAAGACAGGAGCCAGAUGAGUCAGACCACACAGCAGGGCAGGAGCCAUCAGACAGGCAGCACCAGCACCCAGCCACGGGAGCCCACCUAUGGCCAGACCAGAGUGACUGAGACCCACAGUCAAGACAGGAACCAGAUGAGCCAGGUAGCAACAGGAGGGCACAUUCAGAUAUGUCCAGAGUCACACACCCAGACUGUAGAGCAGGGCAGGAGCCAUCAGACAGGCAGCACCAGCACCCAGCCACAGGAAUCCAUCUAUGGCCAGACCAGAGUGACUGAGACCCACAGUCAAGACAGGAGCCAGAUGAGCCAGGUAGCAACAGGAGGACACAUUCAGACACGUCCAUGGUCACACACCCAGACCACACAGCAGGGCAGGAGCCAUCAGACAGGCAGCACCAGCACCCAGCCACAGGAGCCCACCUAUGGCCAGACCAGAGUGACUGAGACCCACAGUCAAGACAGGAACCAGAUGAGCCAGGUAGCAACAGGAGGGCACAUUCAGAUAUGUCCAGAGUCACACACCCAGACUGUAGAGCAGGGCAGGAGCCAUCAGACAGGCAGCACCAGCACCCAGCCACAGGAAUCCAUCUAUGGCCAGACCAGAGUGACUGAGACCCACAGUCAAGACAGGAGCCAGAUGAGCCAGGUAGCAACAGGAGGACACAUUCAGACACGUCCAUGGUCACACACCCAGACCACACAGCAGGGCAGGAGCCAUCAGACAGGCAGCACCAGCACCCAGCCACAGGAGCCCACCUAUGGCCAGACCAGAGUGACUGAGACCCACAGUCAAGACAGGAACCAGAUGAGCCAGGUAGCAACAGGAGGACACAUUCAGAUAUGUCCAGAGUCACACACCCAGACUGUAGAGCAGGGCAGGAGCCAGACUCCAAGCCAGAUAGGGGCUAGAGAACAGGGACAGACCCAGGGGCAGUCAGGCAGUGGUCAAGGAUGGACACAUGAGAGCAGCCAUGAGGCAGAAGAGACAAUACCAGGAGGACAGAACCAGGCUGGGACCAGCACUGUGACAGGCAGACAGGACUCCAGCAGCAGUCACACAGGGAGCAGUGUGACAGGAGGGCAGGGAGAAAGAGAGCCCAUGGUGGUUAAGGAGGAGUGGGUUGAUGACCAGGCAAGGGAGACAGUGUUUCGGAGUCAGGACUAGGGCAGCCUGCAUGCCAGCGGGCCUUCAGGGCAGGGCCGGCAGGCAGCCCAGCCAGAAGGGAAGCCAGGCCUCACAGCCAGGGGGCUGUAUUCCUACUUCACAAGCAACAAGCCAUGAGUGUCCCCACCCUGGACUGCAGUGCUUAAUACCAGAAGACG